AAAGAUAUUAUCUAUUCAACAUCUACGUAUCAGAAUGUAUCGUUUGCUAUAAAUAGGAGAUUAUUCUUAUAUGUUCUUUGUUCCUUGUCCAUAUAUUUUAUUCUUAAAUACCCCGUUGCAUUUUAUUUCGCGCGUCGCGUUUAUAAACGAGAAGGAUUUUUUAUCUCAUUGUCAGUCCUCAUCUCAUAAAUUGUUGUCGUGCUUAGAGCGUGCAAAUUUUAAAUAAUUUGAUUUGCAUGUGGAAACUAUUAUGAUCUUGGCAUUUUCAUUUUAAAAACUUUUAUGCGUCUCAAAGUGUGCUCAAGAAGCAACAAUUGAUCGGAUACCCUGUAUACAGACGCGCACGCGCAUCUUAAUAACUUAAAUUUGGCGCGACAGUCUAUUGCUCGUCACGUGGUCCACAUUUAGUUCGCCACUUCUGUGAUCAGAGGCGCUAAGGAUCGUCCAAAGUCCAAGAUCCAAGGUCUCUUUCAAGAAGUUUGUAUUUUCUGGCAAUUUUUAUUAAUAUCAAAUUUUUUUCGAUAUGCACAUACGCAGGCGAAAAAUAACAAUAACUUUGUUUUUUUUAACUGAACUGGAAUGAGAUAGAUAUAUAUAUAUAUGUAAAAGUUCGAAAGAAGGAAAGGAAAAACGAAAAAUCUGCAAAAAGUUCAGCUAAAAAGAACAAACCUAUUGAUAGACAUGGAACCGUAGCUCGUCGGCGUGCUAUCCGUGCGAAGACAACUAAUGUGAACAAAUGUUCGAAAGACAUAUUAUAUAUCUAAUCUAGUAUCAUCUCGCGACAUUGCGAGACAAGGCGAUCCAAGGCGAUCUAAGGAGAGGAAACUGGAGGCUGGAGGGAGAAGCAAUCAGGCAUGAUUGCGGCGUAGAGAGAUCUUUAUUUACGUUCUGUUAGAGCAAAUAUUUCACGCGAGGCACAUGACACUCUGACACUGUGCAUCUGUAGGAAGCGGAAGAUUAUUUUGCACGAUUUCCACAAAUUCUCACUCGCUCUUUAUAUCGGACAGCAUGGAACGGGAAAAAAACGAGAGGUUAACCGCGAGGAAGAUCGAGGAGGAAGAGAUGAAGCGCGAGCUCACGGAUAUCGGAAUAUACGAGCCACAAUUCACAUAUAAACAAAUGAAACAAUUACUUGGAUUUAUCAACGAGUCUCAAGACACAUCAAAGGUUGCCAAUAAUAAAGAUACGCAUAAGGGGCAUGCUAAUAAUCAACAUCUCUCGGAAAUUGCGUCUGACGCGAAUGCAUCGCAAGAAAUGGCUUUACAGGAAUGUACAGAGGUAUCUAGACAUCCAUCAUACUCUUAUAGAUUGAAUCGCACAUCUCCAACAGUGCACGAGCAUAAGACUGCUCACUACAUCAACAAUCCGGGAUCCCCGUCCCUUUUCGAAGUACGAAACCCUAUGUACAGGCGCAAGAGCUCGGAUAGUGAUGAAAUAUUCGAGAAACAGUUUGAGAGCACCAAUUCUACCCACAGUACAAAUCAUUUCCUCUCGUCAAGAUCAACAAAUAUUCCACGAGAGAGCCAGAACGCGGCGGACAAAAAAACGGUGCAGGAUAUGCAGGGCGAGUUUGUUCAAAGGCUGGAAAGAUGGCGACUGAACCCGCUCGAUGUCUGUAUCAACGAAAACGACGUGCCUUUGCAACAACCAAAUCGGUCCUCGACUGAGGAACGUGUACCAUUCAGGUACUGCAAAGAAACGCACACAUCCGAGCAGCGCGACCAAGCAAUACGAUUUAUGUGCCAGCAUUUGAAGGAAAUAGCAGACUUGUGGUACAGUUGGCUCCCUGCUAAUUCGAUAUUUCAAUGGGGGUCACCCAUUCAGGUCGGCAUUGCUAAUGGUAGUUUGGAUAAAAAGCCAUUAACAGAACCUAAGACUGAACAGAUCACAACAGAAUGUACAUACAAAGACAGUCACGAGCGAGCUAGUAAACGUAAAGCGAGCUCUCUCAUCGCUAGUCUGAAUAGAGAAAGUUCCACCGAGGACGAAGAAGACAAGUGGUACGAUUCCACUCGUGGUAAGAAGAAGAGAGUACAAUCUGACAGUAAAUCGAGUAACAUACAACGUGCCGCGAAUCAACACGGGCAUAAUGACAAUCGUGAAAAAGCAACAUCGAGCGUGAUCGCGCGUCAAGAAAACUCCAUCAAUGAUAACAAUAGCGAUACAGAUUUCGACAAUGAGCAUAUUAAAUCUGUAUGCUCUAAGACCAAUGAAAAAAAUGAAAGUGUACCGACAGAAUUAAAUACAUAUCCGAGAAGAAUAAUACCACCCAAUCCUAAGGCACGUUUAAGUCUAUCGAGACACAGAAAGAGAACUGCUACGUCGAAACCAUUUCCAAAGACGCGGCAAUCCAAUAGGAAUAAAAUUGUCGAACAGACAAAAAAGCAAAAGAAUACAUUGACAGAAACAGAAAUCCAUCAGAAAUUGAUGGUAGACUGGAAUAGCGACGAGGAAGAGCUUGCAGUAAAAAAAAACGUAGAGAUACGACCAUUACCAAUACCGAUAGUGUUACUAUCUAGAUUACACGAGAAACAAGUGUCGCUUCGUAAUACGGAGACGGGUAAAGAAACGGAGGCAACGGCAAAAGAAAAUGAGAACGAUGGGGAACGGAAAAAGGAAAAGAGACCAAAACUUCGCCAACAACAAAAAAAAGAAGAAGAAUUAAGUAGGAUAAAGAAUGGAAAUAGCUGGGAGCAUCAACUAAUGUCUGAUGAUGAGGACAAGUUAUUUGAAACAAAUCCAGAGUUGGAUGUACAGAAUAGCAAUCAAUCUAAUAAUGUAAUUAUUUCGACAAAUAAUGUAAGUUGUCCUAUAUGUAAUAAGGUGUUUCCGCAUAGCGAGAUACAAAAUCAUGCCGCUGAUUGCGAACAAUUCGAGAUAAAUAAUGAAGAGGACGAUAAUGACGCGAUUAUAUUGAAAUGUAAUAUAUGCAGUAAAUACAAAACUAGUAACGGGGUGGAAUAUGAAGAACAUGUUCAGCAAUGUAUCAAUAAAAAGGAACUCUUUCAUGGAUGCAAUAAUGACAUUAAUUUUAACGCAACUGUUCCUGGAGGAAUUUAUACAGAUUUAUAUAGGAAUAACAUAAUAGAGAAUAAUCUAUUUGGAAGGAACGAUGUCAAUAAUCGUUGGGUCGGAAAUCAAUCUGUUGUUUACAUCAAAAAUUUUAACGUAAACAGUGAUUUUCUAAAAGCUCGCAAGAUAGUCUUGAUUUUUUAUGGGAUUGAUACAUUUGCCAAUAUCUCCUUGAAUGGUCAUAUGAUUGGACAGACUUCAAAUAUGUUUUUGAGAUAUAUUUUUGAUGUGACAGAUUAUAUCAAGGAAGAUCAGAAUCUGCUGCAAGUCGCAUUUCGUUCGGCUGUCAAAGUAGCUGAAGAUUUAUAUGAUGAACAAAGAAAAAAUUACAUUGUACCACCAGUGUGCGUACCCAAGGAAUAUAAUGGGCAAUGUCAUGUAAAUCAUAUUCGUAAAAUGCAAGCUAGUUUCUCAUGGGACUGGGGACCAGCUUUUCCCUCGGUUGGCAUUUGGCAAAAUGUUGAAUUGAUUUCUGUAAAUGAUCUAUUGAUCAACGAUGUUACAACUGACAUACGCAGAGAGAAGGACAUCUGGAAUAUCCUUGUUACAAUAUUUCUCGAAACGACACAGAGUAAGAAGGAAAAUUUAUCAACAAUUAGUUGUCACAUAGCGUCGAUAUUGCACGUUUCACAAAGUGAACUCGUCAGUAAUACCAGUGAGAUCAUGCUUGAUACAAGCGAAAAAUACAUAAAUAUUAACAUCUCACUCAUUGUGCCUGCAGACGCCGUUGAGAACUGGUGGCCAAACGGUUAUGGCAAACAACAUCUGUACCAUCUGACUACCACUGUGACAACGGCGAACGGUGUACUGCAUAAACAGAUCCGCGUGGGCUUCAGAACGGUGGAGUUGGUGGAGGAACCUUUAGAAAAGGGACUGAGCUUCUACUUUCGCGUGAAUGGUGUACCGAUUUUCGCUAAAGGCAGUAAUUUUAUUCCAGCCAGCGUCUUCCCCGAACUAGGCUCGAAGGAAGACACUAUCAGGCACUUGUUAUUAUCCGCCAAAGAGACACAUAUGAACAUGCUGAGGAUAUGGGGAGGCGGUGUCUACGAGUCCAAAUUGUUUUACGACUUGGCUGAUGAAUACGGGAUCAUGCUCUGGCAAGAUUUCAUGUUCGCGUGCGCCAUGUAUCCCACGAACGAUUCCUUCUUGAAGAAUGUUGAGCAGGAGAUACUGCAGAACGUGAUACGUUUGAAGAACCAUCCAAGCAUCGUGCUCUGGGCCAGUAAUAACGAGAACGAAGCGGCGCUAUAUGGAAAUUGGUACGGCACUGGGUCCGCUCGAAUUUACAGAGAGGAUUAUGUGAAGCUCUACGUAAAUCUGUUAAAGAGAGAGGUGGAGAGAUUAGAUCCCGUAAGACCGUUCCUCGUAUCUAGUCCGGGCAACGGGGCGUACGAGGAAACAUACAACUAUACCGGAGUAAAUCCUUAUUCGAAUCUCUACGGAGACGUUCAUUAUUAUAAUUAUAUCAGAAAUGGAUGGGACAUCACCCAGUAUCCUCGGACAAGAUUUUGCUCCGAGUACGGGUUUCAGUCUUGGCCGUCGAUAUACACGAUAGCGACCGCUGUGGAAAACGCGAAAGAUCUUCACGUAGACAGUGACUUUGUGAAACAUCGACAACAUCUACCGUUCGGCAAUCAGUACAUGCGGGUGUUGAUCUCGCACAAUUUUGUUAUACCGCAAAAUAACGAUAGCAUCCGAGAUUUCGCUAGUUACAUUUAUCUCAGUCAGAUCAAUCAGGCCGUUUCCAUAAGGAUACAAACGGAAGCUUACAGGCAGGCCAAGUCCGAGGUGAAUUCAAUAGGCGAAGGUAUGACAAUGGGGGCUCUCUACUGGCAGCUCAACGACGUCUGGCAAGCUCCUUCAUGGUCUUCGAUAGAUAUCGAAGGUCGCUGGAAGAUGCUUCAUUAUUACGCCAAAGAUUUCUUUGCACCUAUUAUCGUUACACCACACUUGUCCAUUUCCAAUGAACUGUCGAUAUAUAUUGUAUCUGAUCGAUUGUAUAUGUUAACAAAUUGUACAGUGGAAAUUCGUGUUUAUAAUUGGAGAUCCAUGACACCCGUAUUUGCAAAGUCUUUCAAUGAUAUUAUAAUAGAAUCCAAUAAAGCCAUCAGAAUUACAUCUUUCUGGCUAGACGAGUUUCUCGUUCAAGUAGGUUGCGGACCAUUGGAAUCCGCCAAAAGAUCUUGCAUAGCUGCUUUAUCUCUCACAGAUAAAUCUGGAUCUUUGAUCGCUCCAGUCAAUUAUAUUUAUCCUGAUGCACUAAAAAAUGCAGAUAUACCAGUAGCCAAUGUUACCAUGGAAAUCGAAGAGAAUCACUCCUUACCUGGAAAACUUUCCAAUUAUCCCGAUUUCAAGUUUGUGUUAUCGACAGACAAUAUAACGCUCUUCGUGUGGCUAGAGGUGGGCAAUAUACGCGGUCGUUUUUCUGAAAAUGGUUUUCACAUGUUCGAGAGGAAAAAAGAAAUUAUUUUCCAUGCGCACGAAGGGACCACGAUCGAAUUGUUGCGGAGCAAUAUAAGACUCGCUACAUUGUCCGACAUUUAUAAUGCACGUAGCAAUUUUGAUGACGACUACUCUGUUUUAGAGAAACAGAAAAUUUAUGUUAAUUGUACGUAAUAUUUAUGAUUUUGUUACAUAAUUACGUAUGAGAUAUUGAUUAAAGAAUUACUUUAUGUAUUAUAAUUAUUUGCGAUAAAUAUAUCGCGUACAUAAACUUUUUACUAUGAUAUAAAUAAACUUUUUUAUUUCAU